GCUGUUCCUGCAAAUAUUCAUCUGUUCACUUUUUUUUUUACUUCCCAGGGGUUUCUCGAGGUGUGGGAUUUAUCCGCUUUGAUAAGAGAAUAGAGGCAGAAGAAGCCAUAAAGGGACUAAAUGGCCAGAAGCCUAGUGGUGCUACAGAACCAAUUACUGUGAAGUUUGCCAAUAACCCCAGCCAGAAAACAAGCCAGGCACUCCUUUCACAGCUGUAUCAGUCUCCCAACAGACGCUACCCUGGACCACUUCACCACCAGGCUCAGAGAUUCAGGCUGGACAAUUUGCUUAAUAUGGCCUAUGGCGUAAAGAGGUAAUUAGAAUUCCACAGAUUGCCAGAUGUCCGUGUUGGCACAGAUUGGUG